GGAGGAGGAGGAGGAGAGAGGAGUCAGAGAGGAGGAGAGAGCUGUCAAAGAGGAGGAGGAGGAGGAGGAGAGAGCAGUCAAAGAGGAGGAGGAGGAUAGCAGAGAAUUGUCUGAUCCAGAUCUGGAGGAAGAAGUAGAUAGUAUCACUGACCCAGGAGAGAUCUCCAACCCAGGUUCAGACAGUGAGCCCAGUUCCACAGCAUCAGGAAACCAUAAACACAGACAGAGGAACUCAAGACAGAAGCAUCACCACUGCAUGGACUGCUUCACUAGUUUCUAUGAUCCAGAGGAGUUGAGAAGGCACACUUGUAGGCCCCACCCCUGCUCAGAUUGCAGAGGCAGUUUUAUUUGUCCAAUUCACCUCCUACCACGCAAAAAGACCCUCAAAAGAAAGAAAACGUACCCGUGUGGUCAAUGUGGGAAGAGAUUUCAGACACCAAGCAGCUUGAAGACGCACCAGCUUACUCACACAGGAAAGAAGUCGUACCACUGCUCCCAGUGUAGGAAGACUUUCAGUUGUUCGUUCAAUUUGAAGAGGCAUCAGAGAAUACAUACAGGAGAGAAGCCUUUCCACUGCUUCCAAUGUGGGAAGAGCUUCCGUAUGGAAGGACAGCUAAAUGAACACAAGAGAAUACACACAGGAGAAAAGCCGUACCACUGCUUUCAGUGUGGGAAGAGCUUUGGUCGGGCAGGAGCUCUAAAGGCACACCAGCUAAUUCACACAGGAGAGAAGCCAUACCACUGCUCUCAGUGUGGGAAGAGCUUCAGUCAAGCAGGACACCUGAAGACACACCAUCGAAUUCACUCGGGAGAGAAGCCAUACCACUGCUCUGUUUGUGAGAUGAGUUUUCCUCUUUUACAGACCUUAAAUAGACACCAGCUUACUCACACAAGAACGAUGCCUUAUCACUGCUCCCAGUGUGGGAAGAGCUUCAGUCAAACAGGAAGCCUGAGGGCACACCAGUUAACUCACACAGUAGAGAAGCCUUACCACUGCCUUCAAUGUGGAAAGAGUUUCAGUCAUUCAUCAAAUGUGACGGCCCACCAGUUAACUCACACAGGAGAGAAGAAUUACCACUGCACUCAGUGUGGGAAGAGCUUCAGUCUGGCAAGAUAUCUGAAGAAACAUAGUCAAACGCACACGGGAGAGAAGCCUUACCACUGCCCUCAGUGUGGGAAGAGUUUCCGUCAGUCAUCACAUCUGAGGGCACACAAGUUAACUCACACAGGAGAGAAGCCCUGUACCGCUUCUCUCAGUGUGGGAAGAUCUUCAGGCAGACAGCAGACUUAAAGAGACACCAGCUAAACGUGGACACGUUUUUAUCCCGAUCUACAGGCUCCAGAUCAGAUCCCGGCCCAUUGACUGUUCCUAGGCCGUCAUUGAAAAUAAGAAUUUGUUCUUAACUGACGUGCCUAGUUAAAUAAAGGUAAAAUUAAAAAUAUAUAUAUAUAUAUCGGAGUAAAACCUAGCGCGGCAGCCCGUAAAGUGUUAAUACCUACCUGAUUCCCGGUUGAUGGCUCUCGCUUUCUCCGCUCUACAGGCUCUUACGACCAACCGUCACAAUAAUUUAACAUGUUGAAUAUAUUGGGCCUCAAAUCAGCCAUUAUUGCUGAGUGCGAGCAGUGCUCAGAGCACUUAUGAGGCACGUCCCACCGUCAGCCAAUCAGCUCCUCAGAACUAUAAAGGGUCUCUACUACACAAGUUCAUAACAAUGGCACCAAAAAAAAGGAAACAAGGCAGGAUGUACUCUUGUUCCUAUGGUGACUCGGUAGCUAGCUCAAGCUGGCUAAUGUUACCCACAUCUCAUGCUCUUCAAGGACUUUGUGACUGUGUUAUCUAGUGGGAAGCCGUUAUGUUGUGUUCUAACUGGUCUCCAGUAGUUGAGCUCUAGCAUGCCGAACAUAACUGUGCUUUGGCUAGGCUAAUAGCUAACGUUGGCUAGGCUAAUAGCUAACGUUGGCUAGGCUAAUAAUUGCAUAUAGCAAACAUUUUCGCAUAAUUGGUUAGAUGGAAGGGCUGGAUAUUGAUGCACGGACCGGUUUGGGUUUUUACUUUACAUUCUAUGUCGGCCGUCAAUGUAAUUUAAGAAUUUGUUUUUAUUGGACUUGCCAAGUUAAAGAUUUUUAUUUUUUUAUAAAUAUAACGGUAUUUUAAUGUUUGGUUUGUUAAAUGUGAUAUGCCGUGUCCAUUUUGAUCGUUUACUCUGCUACUUGAGUCAUCUCUCUCUAUGCCGCGUUCCACACAGACCUAGCCCCGCCCCUUUCAUUCAAGGUGACACGUGUUGUUUCUGGUCCACCAGACACGUGCGUUCAGUCUGCAUGGUCAAUGCAGCACACGCAACAAUAUCAAUACACUUCUAGAAUGUACCCUUCCUUUUGUUUCUGACAUUUCUGACAUUUUCAUUUGUUGUCAUGCCAACCAACACUGUAUUCAAAAUUCCCACUUAUUUAUAUUCUAUUUCCAUGAUUUCAACGGUUCCCCCAAGUGUUUUGAUCUAAAUUAGAAGUCAAAUCGCAAUUACAUUUGGUAAAAAUAAAUCCUUGAUUUUUUUGGGGGGCCAAUAUCGUGCAGCCCUGCGUGGCAGUGUGAAAAUUAUCACAAAUGAGUGCAGGAAAUGAAGACAUUGAUGGAAAUGUAGGAAAUUGCAUUUGGUUAAAGUUGAUUUGUACAAUAUAAAACAAUUAGAAUGGAGAAAGAAUUUUGUAUUAUUCAAAAACCUAAAAUCCCGUCAAAUACCGUCCUACGUGAUAUUAUAUAUUUGGGCCAUAUCGCCCAGCCCUAUUAGAUGGUGUUAUGUAUUAGCGACACUUUGGUUUACUUUAAUGUAGCUGUAAGCUGGGUGUUGAUAGCAACUGGCUGACUCAUUCAGUGCUAACGUUACGUUACGCAGGCUGGUAGGGCUAAUGAUAGCAGGCUGG